AUGCGGUGGAUCGCCGUCGCCGCGUCCGGCACGCCCGAGCUCGGGAACGUGUCGAUGUCGACCUUCGCGAAGCGAAAGCGCGCGUCCGCGAAAGCGCCCGCGCGCGGGGACGCGAAGACGAUCCAUCUCGUGCGUCACGGGCGCACGGAGAUGAAUGAUUACCUCAGAGAGAACCACUGGGCGGACCCGGAUUUCGUGGAUCCGAUGAUGAUCGACACGCGGUUGACGAGCGAGGGCGAGGCGCAGGCGCGCGCGCUGCGAACGAUCGCGACGGCGCUGGAGCCGGCGCCUGAAUUGAUCGUGGCGAGUCCGCUGCGGCGAGCGCUGCGCACGGCGGAGCUGGCGUUCGGCGCCGCGGGCGAAGACGCGCUCGGGGACGUCCCGCGCGUGGUCUGCGCGCUGGCGCGCGAGCGGGUGUUUCACGGGAGCGAUAUCGGGCGAGUCGCGCGCGAGCUCGGGGAGGACCAUCCGGAUUGGGAUUUGACCGAGAUGGGCGACGACGACGCGACGUGGUGGUACACGCCGGACGGGAAGGAUCCGUUCACGACGGCUGAGCUCGAGCCCGUGGACGUGUUCGAGGAACGAAUGCAAGAGUUCCGACGAUGGUUGGACGCGAGACCGGAGAAAUCGAUCGCCGUCAUCGCGCAUUGGGGGGUGUGUUACUCGCUCACGGGGGACGAGUUUCAGAACUGCGAGCUUCGCACGUUGGAUUUCCACACCGAUUUGGACGUCGGUAACGGCGAUUUUCAAAAGUUUGAUGUAUUUCUGCAAGACAACAUCUGGGGGCAGAUCGGGCGCGCGCUCGUGAGCUUCAAGAACAAAUUAUUUUAG